UUUGUUUAUGUAUCUACAUUUUAAGGCUAGAAGUAUUUUUUAUCUUAUAAAAAGGUUUUAAUUGUAAUUUAUUUAUUGUUACGAGUUAUGUUUUCAUAGAUAAAGCACUUCAAUAUCAGCCUAAAGGAUUUAAACCUGAAAAAAUAUCAAAACAGACGUAUUCGUAUUAAUUAUAGUAUCGAUUCCGAAAACACAAUUACCUAGGGUCAGAGAGCAGGAUGGAGGAGACACAAGAACAAGAGGGCUCGGUCCAGCUGGAGGCGCCAGAUGAAAUGAUGGACGAGGCGCCUGUGUACAGGAACAAGCCGGCCCGACUGGCCAACCAGCCUCAGUGGUCAAAGGAGCCGGCCACAACGACGUCCAUGUUGAUGUUCAGCAACGAGGAGAGGGAGGAGAGGAUGUUGGCUAGACUGGAGAAGCCACCACAGUGUCUCAAGGCCAGUUGGAGUGUUUAUGACAAGCUGACCCACGCACUAAGACCCCCUAAGGGCAUCGACACGCCAUCACUAGGGUCAUCCACUGACCCUCCUCCGGCCAUCGCCCCUGGGGACAUGAAGAGCAUGGGUGUUCUUUACGACCCCCUGGAGGAUAAGAAAAGAAAGUUCUUGAACAAGAGGUUCAAGAACAUGCUGGAUACGUUCUCCAUGAUAAGGGAGGCUCCACUUGGGCCCUACAUCAGGCCAACUCCACCCAAGCUGAUGGACAAGCCUGGGCGGGGGAAAAUUCUGCCAACAAUUUUAAAAACGACAAGGCCAGAUAUCAGCGUCAAGUUCGAUUAUCCAAGGACCUUUGCAGCAACGAAACGCUGGACCAAGAUCUACAACCUGAACUUCGAAGACGAGGAGGAAAUGAGGGAGAUUGGGACCCAAACCCUGCCCAUGUUCGUCAUCACCAGCAUGGGCACGCUGAAGAAGGUCUCUCUACAGGAGAUGGAGCAAGUGAUGGAGGCGAGGAGCAAGAGUUUGGCGGAGGAGUCGUUGCACUUUUUCCCGACCAAGAGGACCCAGAUGUCCCCCGGCCCGACUGAGGUUCUCUCAAGAUACGACCCUUUCAAGGCUGAGCAGUCGGAGAUUAUGAACGUCUUCCAGUCGCAGAUGGAUGUAAGGGAGAAAAAAGCACUUGACCCAAUGGAGGAAGGGGAGUUUGAUUUUGAGGAUAUUCCCUAUGACAGCUUGGGGAACCCCAUCGGGAAAACCACAGGCAUUUGUGAAUGGUGUGGUGAGAACAUUUUGCCGUUCCCCACCCAUGAAAUGCUGAAACAAGUCUGGGACAAGAGUUCACUCUACUGCUGUAGGAAAUACAUGACGUUCGUACAGGACAUGGAGGCAAUGGAGCGGAAACUGGCGCCACAAAUUAAGGGGUUUGCUUCCAGGAUCAGCAUCAAGCCCCACGGUAAACGUCAGUCUAUUAGGAAAGCUAGCAGGGCUGCGGCGCUACUACAGGACUCACUGAAGAUGGCAAUGCUUGAGGCGAAGGCUCACGAACCAAUGAAGUCACGACGAAGCUCUAAACAAGAAACCAGGAACAAAAACGUCGAUACCUUCGAUCUACCCUGGGACCCCUACGACACGAAGAUCGAUCAGACGCUCGUCUUCGACGAGGGCGUGUACUUUGACCCCACCUACCACGCCUACCUGUACCCGGAUGUUGUGGCCCUAGCCUCAGGGACGUACCUGGCCGAGGAUUUCAACGCCCUGUAGCACGUGACUGCCGGGGAUCGUCACGUGAUGGUGGUAGGGUCAGGUGGAAGUGUGGGGUUCUGAUUAGUUGUGUGGUGUGUGUUAAUUAAUUGUGGUGAGGUGGUAAUAAGUUAUUGGGCGCUAAUAGAUUGUGGGGUGCUAAUUGAUUAGUGGAUAUUAAUCAAUUGGGAGAUAUAAAUGCAUUGUGGGAUAUUAACUAUUUGGGAUAUUAAUGAAUUGUGGGAUAUUAAUGGAGUUUGGGAUAUUAAUGAAUUGUGGGAUACUUAUGAAUUGUGGGGUAUUAAAGAAAUGUGGGAUAUUAAUGGUAUUUGGGAUAUAAAUGGAAUUUGGGAUAUUAAUGAAUUGUGGGAUAUUAAGAAUAUGUGGGAUACUAAUAGAUUGUGGGUUGCUUAGGGAUCAUUUGAUACUAAUAAAUUUUUUGAUUUGACUGAGUUGUGAAAUUCUAUUGAAUUAUGGCAUACUAAUGACAUAUGGGGUAAAAAGAUUGUUGUGUACUAGUGUACUAUGGGUGUUUAAGUGGAUUGAGGACCUGAUUCUGGGAGUUUAACGGAUGGGAAUCACCAAUGGAUUUGUUUUAAGAUACUACUUAGCUGUUUUAUACUAAUGACAUGCUGAUUGAUUGUGAGAACUGGCUAAAAAUAAUUAGGUGUUAAUGAUUUUAUAAUUAAA